CAGCUCAGAAGGAAGAUGAAAGAUAUUGUCGCUGAAGAACAUUUAUAUUUGGGUUUUUCUCAUCAAUACAGUGAUAGUAUCUUUCCUCUUCAUACAUCUAUUUCACUGUUUUUGCUAUCCUACUGUGACUGCAGAUUAUUCAAAAUUUUUUUAGUGCCAACCGGUGAAGAUGUGGAUGAUCAGUUUGUGACAAAAAACCUCCUUGGUGAUCUUGAGGUCCAUUUAAUCUCCAGAUGUCAGCUUCCACUGGUUGUGCAGAGCUGCUGUUUACCUGCUGUUGUUGUGAAAGAUGGCAAGUUCUGCCGAGCUGGGCUUUCUGUUGUCUUAAGGCAUAUAAUACUGAAAACAUACGAGACAGAUCCAUCUAAAAAGGAUGUUUUGGAACUCUUAGGCUUUAAGAAGACCUGCUUAAAAGCCUGUGCUGAAGUUAGCCAGUGGACCAGACUUUGUGAGAUCAGCAUACCUCUGGCUGUUGAAGAGUUUUUGACGGCAUCUCCUCAGCAUUGUCAGACUAUUCCUCCUGACAUUUUACAGCUUGAAAGGAAGCUUGGAGAACCUGUCCGAGUGCAUAAUGAUGACAAAAUUCGAAGGCAAAAACUUCAACAGCAGAAGGCAGGUGCCAAGGCUGCAGUGCCUGUACUUGGUAAAGAAGAAACAGAGGAAGGAGAAACAGUGGAAAUGCAUGAACGUCCACUCCCAAGUUUGGAACUGAGCAUAGCUUUCUCCAAGCUGCUUGUCCAGGAAGGGUCAGGUGCAGUCAACAGAGAGACCCCUCACAUCAGGAGAACAAAAUCCGCUGACCUUCCACUUUUGGACCAUGUUUUUGCAGAAGGGCUUUAUUUUACCUUGGCAGAUAUAGUGCUUUUGCCAUGCAUCCAUCAGUUCUUGGUAAGACCACAAGUUUCCAGCAAAAAACAAGGCAAAAAUCUGGUAAAUUUGCCUCUGAUAUCCAGUUGGUAUCGAAGAGUUCAAGAAGUACCUGGAGUAAAGAAAGCUGCUGGCAAAUGCAAUAUGGAGCUUCUCCAGCUUCCAGAGUUGAUGUCUGCUCCAGAGGAACAGCUACAAGACUUCUCUUCAGUUCCUGAUGAAUUAGAAGAGAAUGACAACUGUCAUUUUAUAGGUGGUCCAAGGCCAACUAUGACUAAGUUAAAGGAAAAUGGUAUUGAAGCAAAGUUUUCUCCUCAUCCGGACCCUGACUGGACCCUAGACUGGACCAAUCUACCAUCUGCAGUCAGUCCUGGGGAAGGAAAGAUGUCUAGAGACCGGGCUCUGAGGAAGCAGCAACAAUUGAAUAAUUUGGUAGCAGUGGUGACAAAGCUUGCUAAGCCUGGAGAUGUGAUUGUGGAUUUUUGCAGUGGAGGGGGACACGUUGGAAUUGUUCUUGCUUACAUGAUGCCGUCAUGUCAGGUGGUGCUCAUAGAAAAUAAGGAGUUGUCUCUGGCCCGUGCUAAAGACAGAAGUGAUGAACUAGGUUUGAACAACGUUUGGUUCAUUCAAGCAAAUUUGGAUUAUUUUAAUGGGAAUUUUAACAUUGGGGUGGCUCUGCAUGCGUGUGGUGUGGCAACAGACAUGGUGAUCGAACACUGCAUCAAGGCACGGGCAGCCUUUGUCAUCUCCCCAUGUUGUUAUGGCUUCAUUCAAAACACAGUAAAGUUUAAAUAUCCGCGAAGUCAUCAGUUCAAAGAAAUUUUGUCCUACAAGGAGCAUAUGAUCCUUUGCAGAUUUGCAGAUCAGACGGCUGUUCAGCUUCCACCUGAACGCAGGCUAAUUGGAAAGCAGUGUAUGGGGCUUGUGGAUCUGGAUCGGGCAUGGGCUGCAGAAGAACGUAACUACUCUGUCCAAGUUAUAUCUAUGGAGCCAGAGAGCUGUUCUCCAAAGAACAAUAUGUUUGUGGGCAUCCCUACUUAGAGUGUGAAACUUGCAUUUGAUUUGACAUUGAGCAUAAAUCUUCAGUCCGUAAUGACAUCCAGCAGAUACAAGCAUAGCUGGGGACUAGACAUCAUGCAUCUUGAACCCAUUAUGUUCGGAAAAGGAAGCAACACAAAAGGUCUUAGAAAGUGAACUGCAUGCAGAGCAUCACAAGUCAUACUUGUAAUGUGUCAUUAAGCAACUUUUGGUUCUCUUACUGAGAGGUUUCUGGAUCUAAUGACUGUGCAUGGAAUUAUCUGUAAAGGUUUAGAAGAAAGUUGGUGUCGUUGAAGGGAAGAGGAUUUCCUUUUUCGUAAAGUUCUCUUGGCUGCUUCGAAAUUGCAUUCGUGGUCAAAACUGCGUUUGUGUUCAUAAGCAGAGCAGUUACCAGCCAACAAUGCAGAUCACUGGAGGAACAGAAAAGAUCAACUUUAUGGUGUUAGUGAAGAAGGCUGUGCAACAGGUGGUGGCUUGACUUUGCUAAAGAAUUCUGUACUAGUGUAGGAAGAUUAUUUUUAAUGAAAGUUCCUCAGAAUA